UCAGGUUAAUCAGCAGAAGCAGGAGAACCCCCUGUGGUCCAACCAUAGCAGGCCGCCUUCAUGUGACCAGAACCAGCCAACCAGGUGUAGCAGCAGAACUUGGUGGAGUUUUUCCUUCCACCAACAUCAAAUAAUCAAACCCACAUAGUUUUUGGGAUUUCACUUCCAGAAUGAGUUUAAUUACGCAGAGAAAGAGUCGAGCUGAGCUGAUAAUCAGCUGACAGCGAGGCGCUGCAGCAGCAGGUGGAACUAACAGGCUCCUGCUGGCCUACUUAUCCUGCUCACUAAUGCUGCAUAAGCUCUCUAAUGCUGCCUCACACACUCUCUGACACACACACACUUCUGUGACACACACACACACACUUCUGUGAUAGAGCUAGCUCCUUCCAGCUCUGGAGUCGAAGCAUGAAGACAUGAAUCUGUGACAAAUCAGGUUUGCAGCCAGCGAGGCCGAGACAGCGGCCGACCGCAGGCCAGCCGGACGGAGAGGUAAAGGAAGAAAAUGUCAAGGAUGUUCUGUCUGCUGCUGUGGCAGCUACUUCUCAGAGUUUCCUGCCAUGUUGCUGCAGGUAAGAACAUUUACUACUUCAAUAGUUAUUGGUGCUCCUUCAGUACAUUAACUGCUGAUUCUGUUUGGUCCUCAGCCAGUCUGUGUACGGUCGGCUCCAACAUCUUUGCGUCUGUCAGGGAGAACAGUCCAGCAGGUCAGUUCAUCUCACACAUCAGCAUCAGAUCGGACCCAGGAGCCAACACCGUGCGUCUAUGCCUGACUGGACCGAAUGCCAACUGGUUCUACUUAGAAGGUCGAACCAUCAGACUCAACUCGUCCGCAUCCAGAGUCCUGGACCGAGAGGUUCUGGGUCCGUUUCUGAUCGCUGAGCUCACCUGUUAUGAGGACGAUAUCAAACAAAGCCACUACAGGAUUCUGGUGGAGAUUUUGAAUGAAAAUGACAACAAACCAAAGUUUCUGGAGGAGACCAUCCAACCGUUCAGCAUCAGCGAGGUUGUAGCAGUAAACUCUGUGGUUUUCACUGUGAAGGCUGUCGACUCAGAUGGAGAUAUGAUCAGCUACAUCAUCGACCAAUCCUCGGAAGAUGCAUGGUUCUUCAGGAUCGACUUGCCCAACAGUGGGAAAGUGGUGCUCAGCAAACCUCUGGACUAUGAAAGCAGAACUCGCCUACAGAUCAUCAUGUGGGCACAGGAAACAAACACUGAGGAGAAGUUCAACAUCUCCACUAUUCUGACCAUCGACAUUGAGGAUGUUGACGACCAGUAUCCUCACUUCCUGCCCUGCACACCUGUGUCCCCAAGAGUCCCGAUCUGCAUGAACCCAACCUAUACAGCAAACAUCACAAGAAAACAGCAGGACUCGGUUCUGGAGUUUUCUCCUGGUCCAAUCAGAGCCAGGGAUGGCGAUCGAGGCAUCAACGCUCCUCUCAUGUAUACAAUCCUGUCAGGUGACAAUCAUGGCAAGUUUGUGAUGGACAACAGGACAGGUGAGAUCCGGCUAGCCAGAGCUGUAGAUGAGCAUCAGCCAGGAGCAAACUUCACCCUCACCGUCAUGGUGUGUCAGGUAGAGGACCGGUUAAAGUACAGCGUGGCCACAGUUGUGGUCAGGGUUCUCAGUGAGAACUCCUUCCCGCCGGUCUUUAACACAACCACCUUCAAAGGCUUCAUCAUCCAGAGUUCAAGCCCCGCCUCCAUCGUUUCCACCUAUGGGAACCAGGUGUUGCAGGUCCAGGUAUCUGACCAGGAUUUCUCUGAUCAGGGGGUGAAUCCAAACAUCCGGUUCUUCCUCCAUCCGACGUCCCGACUGUACCAGGUGACCCAGGAGGGGGUUCUGAUCGCCCGGACGGACCAGCUGAGGGCCUUUGACAGACACAUUCUGCAGGUUGUUGCCAGGGAUGAAGAAUCAGGAGAGGAAGCUUCAGCCUCAGUGGACAUUGAAGUCCUGCAGCGAGGACAGGCAGUGCCUCAUGGUGCGUUCACAGAGCAACAGCUGUUUGGGGAUGUGGACAGCAGGUUGGCAGGAGGAAUCGCAGCGCUGAUCCUGCUGACGUUUCUGUCUGCCUUCCUGUUUCUUCUGCUCCGAUUCGUGCGAAGGCGCCGGCCGCAGGAAGCUGAUGUCCUGCCAGCCACCACAACCUUAAAGCACCAUAAGGUGAGUUCCAGGUCUCCAGGCUUCAUGGACGAGGCUCUCCAUCGUCAGGCGUCCUUGCGGUCGGGCAGCUUCCACGGCAGACAGGGUCUCUACAUCCGGAGGCAGUCUCUUCCUCCUCCAACUUCCUCCUCCUCAGCAGCAGACAGCAGGACCAGACCUCAGUCUCCGUCCUCGGAGGUCUCUCUCAGCGAUCCGGCAGGCCGCUGCCGCUUCCAGACGGAUCUGUUCGUCAUGGUAGAGAAACCUGCAGGAGUGGCGUCCGGCUGGGAGAGGUCACCUGACGUCACCGCAGGCCUGCAGCUCCAUGCUGAGAUGCCCCAGAGUGACAAGGAUGUUAACACUGACCAAUCAAGGGACACUUGAAAGAUUGUUCCAGUCAAUCACAGAUUAAGACUGCCUGGGACAUGCAAUAUGUGAUUGAUUCCCAGAUUUAAACUCAUACUCUCUUUGUCUUUAGUGGUUUGAAUGAAAAAUCCCUUCAGAAAUCACUUAUGGAAAAAAAUAUGUUUAAUUUCUGUGUCAAAAAACAUUGUGGUCCAAAAACAGGAAGAUUUUCCAGAGACUUUAACUAUACCAGCAGCAGUGAGCAGAGCGACCACCAGGGGGCCAAAGCGAGCCAGCUCUGUGCCCUGCAUCUUGAGGUGGAGACAAAUGCAAAUGAAAUCCUGUUUCCUCUUUCCAUCUCUAUGGUUCUGAUCGGAUCUUCUUAGAAGUUCUGCUGAUUAGAUCUGCCUGGUGACACUAAGAACCAAAGGCCUGGCCAUCGUUUCAGGUGGGAAUAAAAC